GAGUCAGCAAGGUCUGGGCACCAUCAGCUCCCACCCUCAGGAAAUAGGCUGGCAGCUUGUCCUUCCUGCCCACAAGUGCCAGACCUCCAAGCACAUACCUGCCAAGGACAAGAUGCCCUUCUGGCUCUGGGCAUAUGUGCUGUGAACAUCUUCCUAUAAUCUCAGUCCCUCCAACUGCCUUAUCUACCAUUCCAAGCCAGUCUUGGCAGUUUUGGAGGGUCAGGGCCAGGUUGUGUUUUUGUUCUUCCUGAUAAGUACUGAUGACUUGCUCAUAUGCCAAGCACUAUUUUAAGAAUUUUUGUUAAUGUAUUUAAUCAUUGUAGCAAUUGUAGGAAGCAGGGUUAUUAGUAUUUCUAUCUUGGUUAGGAACCUGAGGUACACAAAGGUUGUAAUUUGCCUAAGAUCAUACACCUAGUACCAGGAAAGAAUUAGGGAGAUCUCAGGGUUUUUGUUUUUUUGUUUCUUCCUGGAGGGCCUCACACAUAUGAGGGAAGUACAAUACCACUAAACUACACCCCCAGUCCCAUAUCUGCUUCUGGGUUGAGGUUUCUGGUUGGCCUUAGGUAGAAGUCAGAGAAAAAAAGAUGCACUCCAAAUAUUCUCUUCCAACUUUUCCAGCAUUUGUAAGAAAAGUGGGCAUCAAUGUAACCUUAUUUCCUGGGAAGGUAACAGGCCCAGAGAGAGAUUGGGAUUUGCCAUAGAUUCAUGACCAGCAAAUAGUACAGAGAUCUGAUCCCAAACCUACCUUUGUAUAAACCGUCUCUGAAGCAGACAUCGGGAGAAGGUAUGUGAAGCCUACCUGGCCCUGGCCUGAGAUAGGCAGGGAAGACAAAAUAAAAAUGGAAACUAGGAAGGUCUGUCAACCAUAUCCUUCGAAGCUCCAGGGGAAUGUUUCUAUGCUGGAAGCAAGUUUAUUAGAAGCCAGGCUCUCAUCAAAGCAUUUUCACAUUCAACAAUUCUGAAUAUUUUUGUUUGUUUAUGCCAGGGACUGAGCCCAGGGGUCUUUAACCACUGAGCCAUAUUCCCAGCCCUUUUAAUUUUGAGACAGGAUCCCACUAAGUUGCUGAGGUUGGCUUUCCUCUUGCCUUAGCCUCCCGAGUCACUGAGAUUACAGGUGUGUGUCACCAUGCCCAACAUCAACUCUUGAGUUUUGUUUAUUUUCGGUUUUUUUAAUAUUUUUUAGUUGUAGAUGGACAUAAUACCUUUAUUUUAUUUAUUUAUUCUUAUGUGGUGCUGAGGACUGAACUCAGGGCCUCGCACGUGCCAGGUGAACACUCUACCACUGAGCCACAACCCCAGGCCCCAAUUCUGAGUUUUUCUGACAAAGGCACAGACAAGUUAACUGUUCAAGGUGACUUAAGUAGUAAGUGGAGGAACUGGGAUUUGAACCCAGGAAGUCUGGCUCCAUGGUUAAGUCCCAGAGAGGGGUGACUGACCAGCUCAGGGUCACACAGCCAUAGCCCCAAAGCUAAGAGCUGCUGGCUACCCUCCAGCCCAGAAAAAGCUAUGACUACUGACUACUAGCCAACUGGGGGCGGAGCAGAGGUGGAGCCAGGGAGACCCAGGUGGCCUCUCUGACAACCACAGUACAGGCAGCAGAGUGGCCUGGAGCAGCAUGAAGCAGAGCUGGAGACCAGUACUGCUCAUCCUGGGAAUGGUGGUCCUUAUAGAAGGUCUUCAAGCAGCUCAGCGUGUCUGUGGGCAGCGUGGCCCUGGCCCCCCCAAGCCUCAGGAGGGCAACACAGCACCUGGUGAAUGGCCCUGGCAGGCCAGUGUGAGGAGGCAGGGAGUCCACAUCUGCAGUGGCUCCCUUGUGGCAGACACCUGGGUUCUCACCGCUGCCCACUGCUUUGAAAAGGCAGCAGCGACAGAACUGAGCUCCUGGUCCAUUGUCCUUGGUUCUCUGCAGCGUGAGGGGUUAAGCCCAGGGGCUGAGGAGGUGGGGGUGGCUGCCCUACAGUUGCCCAAGGCCUAUAACCACUACAGCCAGGGCUCAGACCUGGCCCUGCUUCAGCUUGCCCACCCCACAGCCCACACACCCCUCUGCCUACCCCAACCUGGGCAUCGCUUCCCCUUUGGAGCCUCUUGCUGGGCCACUGGCUGGGAUCAAGACACCAGUGAUGCUCCCAGGACCCUACGGAAUUUGCGCCUGCAUCUAAUCAGCCGCCCCACGUGUAACUGUCUCUACAACCGGCUGCAUCAGCGGCUCCUGGCUAGCCCAGCUAGGCCGGGAAUGCUGUGUGGGGGUGCUCAGCCUGGGGUGCAGGGGCCCUGUCAGGGAGAUUCUGGAGGUCCUGUGCUGUGCCGUGAGCCUGAUGGACAUUGGGUUCAGGCAGGGAUCAUCAGCUUUGCAUCAAGAUGUGCUCAGGAGGACAAUCCUGUGCUGCUGACCGACAUAGCUGCUCACAGCUCCUGGCUGCAGGCUCGCGCUCAGGGGGCAGCCUUCCUGGCCCAGAACCCAGGGACUGUGGAGACCAGUGAUGAGGAUAGCUGUGUAGCCUGUGGAUCCUUGAGGACCAAUGGUCCCCAGGCAGGAGCCCCCUCCCAGUGGCCCUGGGAUGCCAGGCUGAAGCACCAGGGGAGACUGGCCUGUGGCGGAGCCCUUGUGUCAGAGGAGGUGGUGCUGACCGCUGCCCACUGCUUCAUUGGGCGCCAGACCCUAGAGGAGUGGAGUGUAGGGCUAGGGGCUGAAACAGAGGAGCACAGCCUGAAGCAACUCAUCCUCCAUGGGGCCUAUACCCACCCAGAGGGGGGCUAUGAUAUGGCCCUCUUGCUGCUGGCCCAACCUGUGACACUAGGCCCCAAAGUGCGGCCCCUUUGCCUGCCCUACACUGAUCACCACCUGCCUGAUGGGGAACGUGGCUGGGUCCUGGGGAUGGCCCACCAAGGAGCAGGCAUCAGCUCCCCCCAGAUGGUACCUGUGACUCUUUUGGGGCCAAGAGCCUGCAGUCGUCUGCAUGCAGCCCCUGGAAGUGAUGGUAUCCCCAUUUUGCCAGGGAUGGUGUGUACCAGUGUUGUGGGUGAGCUGCCCCACUGUGAGGGCCUGUCUGGAGCACCACUGGUGCACAAGGUGAGGGGCACAUGGUUCCUGGCUGGUCUACAUAGCUUUGGGGAUGCCUGCCAAGGCCCUGCACAGCCUGCGGUCUUCACAGCACUCCCUGCCUAUGAGGACUGGAUCAGCAGUUUGGACUGGCAGGUCUACUUCGCUGAGGAGCCAGAGCCUGAGAUUGAGGCUGGAAGCUGCCUAGCCAACUGGAGUCAACCAGCCAGCUGUUGACAGGUGACUCUCUAGGCUGUUCACAGGACGCGAGAAAAUUGAGGCAACUCCCACAUCAACUCCUCUGCCCCAGCCUCCACGCCAUGUGUAGUUCCAGUCCCUGAGGCAGCCCAACAGCUCAUCUGGCUAUGGGAAGAGCCUGCCCAAAAUCAGAAGAUGCUCCCACUCUCUGCCCUGCAGGACAGAGAUGUCACCUGUGGGUCUUCCCACACUCAGCUCUGCUGUCCAAUGCAGGCAUCCCCAGUUCUCCCUAUACUUCAUUCUCUCAGAUACAAUCACACCAGUCAUCUCUUUUGAAAUUUUCUUUUUUGGGGGGGAGCAAUUUUCCAUUUUUUAAACUUAAAUAAAUUGUUACAAAAUAGA